AUAGCUCAGUCUUCUUCGAGACAUUAUAGUAUUCACUUCUAACUCAAUAUGCAUCUCCAGUCUGUCUUUAUCUUCUAUUUAGUGGUUUGUCUUCUGGUUUUCCAAGUUAAAGCUGAGGAACCAGUAGAAAAAGGGAAUGCUACAGAUGUCCAAAAACCAGUCACUAGGAAACGCAUCCUAAUGCUACGAAAACUGCAUAAAAACCAGGUGCAGGAUAGGGAAAUGAUGCGUAUAGUCAUACACAAGAUUCAAACUGGAGAUCCCUACUACAAGGUAUUUGAUGGAGACGAAAGCGCAGCUCGAGGAUUCACCAAUAAAAUAUGGAAUCGUCUUUUGAACCGCUACAGCACUAUGCAAAUAUAAUUUAUUAAACUUAAUUUUAGUUAACUAUACUUUAAAUG